AGCCAUUUUGGCUCAAGUAGGUUCGUGCGGUCGCGCAUAUUCCGCGGCGGUGCGGCUUCUGCGAGACAUGCAUAGCCCGCGCUACGUCAACGAUGACGACGUCCAGAUGGGGCUCUUGAGGAAGGCGGGGAUGGCGCUCCCCGCCCAGCCUGAUGAUGGCUUUCCAGCGCCACCAUGGUGUCCCGCAUGCAUGAACUGGGAGCUUCUUCUGAGCAUGUACAACUCGCUGUGCCGAUUCAGAGUGAUGUACGCGUUCUGUGUGACCUUGGCCAUGUUGUUCGCCUGCACUCUCGCAGGGUCCAUUCAGCUUGGGUUUGCUUUAGCUGUGGAAUCGUUCGACGACGGCCAGCACAUCAACGACGGUCGAUACAACAUUUCCGUGUUGUUCGUUUACGUAGCAUUGCCAUGUUUAGUUUGGUUUGGUUCCGCAUUGGUCGACCAAGUGCCUGACUUGAUCCUUGACGCUAUGGAGCACCCGCCUUGUCUCCGGCUCCGUGCCACUAUGAUCGAGUUAGGAGCGUCUCACGAAAUGGCAGACAGAUGCGUCAUCUUAGCUUUAGAAGCAUCCCCAGUGGCGGGCGCAAUUAUCACCUAUGUGUAUUCUGUCGUGUCUGCGCGGUGGUACGACCGCAACUUCGACAUCACUUUUGCAUCGUUUGUAUUCGACCAGGGAUUUGGGCUCAACAAUGGCGCAGUCGGUGUUUGCUUGCUUGCAGCGCUGUUGUACGCAUGCGUGAAGGCGCGCUAUCUAUACUUCUCCGCAGUGAACAAGAUAUCCCCGACCAUACCUGUCACCAUGAAGCGGUUGUCAGAAUUCAUGUUGGGGGAGGUCUAUUUUCUCCAUCCUGACCGCCAUGUGAUGCGGGAAGACAGAUAUUCCCAUGAGCGGGUUCUGUCCCAUGUGGAGAAACGCUGGUACUAUACUUACAGCGAAAGAUCGGCGGUCCAGAACCAUCAAAACGUGCAUCGGCCAGAAUUUGGAGCGGCAUGUUGCUUGAUCGCAUUGAUUGGUUUUUUGUAUGGUGGCUUGGCAAGCCAGUACGACUUUGAGGAGAAGUUCGUACCUAAGAGUUGGACGUACAUAGUCAGUUUCCUCGUGAGGAUGGUGUUCUUGAUUGUCAUGACGGUGGGCGUCCGCCAUAUAGUGCCUGGCUUGCUCGGGCCGUUGUUCUACGUGGUGUUGGCCGCUUACAGUUUUUUCAGUUUCUCUUUGAUAGGCGCAGCGCAAUCUCUCGCUCACACAGAGCACGGCCAGGUGCUGCUCUUUGACAAUGUGACAGGGCUCUCCGAGGGCACCUCAGUAUACCAGGCAGACUCUAGGAGGGGCUAUCCUAUCUGCUCGUCGCGAUGGGGGUCUUUGGAAGUUGAAGAGUCCCAACGGCUUUCGGUGUUGGAUCUGUCAACUUUUGCCUACGCCAUGUACACGUGGCGAGACUCAGAGGAGGUGGAUGCGCAAGUGCGGAUGGCGUUUGCCAACACGAGCCUGGGUGAGGUGGUGCUCGAUAAGCCGUUACGGCACAAAUGGACGAUACACCGCUGGGCCAGCUGGGCCAUCCCCAGCUCCAGGACGCGCGUCAUCGCCAUCCGAGGCACGCUCACCUCCUGGGAGGUCGCUGUCGACGUCGAGAUAUACGCGUUGGUGAUGGUAAUGGAGUCCCUCAGUUUCUUCACCCCUGUUCUAAACUUCAUGCCUAAAGAUGGGAUCCGCUGGAUGGUCAACAAGCUGACAUGGACGAGCGAUUUCGAUGGGUCACCAUGGGAUCCGCUAUUUGAGGAGGCCAGGCUUCUGAAGCAGGCAAGUGACGAGGAAGGCUAUGAUCUGGUGAUUACUGGACAUUCGCUCGGAGGUGUAAUUGCAAUGAUUGCUGGUGCGAAGGUUGGAGCUCAAUCGAUAUCAUUCUCACCGCCUGGGGCAUUAUACGUUGAAGGCAGAUUCGGAGUCCACAGCGAUGCCAUCCAGAGGACGAGCACGCUGAUCCAGCCGCAUCGGGACCCCGUGCCGAUGGUGGACGUCCAGAAGGGGAUGGUGCAGAACAUCCGGUGCGACCACGCCGCCCCCGUCUGCCACUCGAUGGCCAUCACGCGGUGCGUGCUGUUCGACGAGUGCGGGGACGCCAGGGGCCGCCGCAUGCAGGACAUCUGCGCAGCCGCCGGCCAGCCGGUCAGCAGCGCGGCCGCGGCCCCGCACUCGGCCACGACCAUUUCCGAAGAGUUCGCGGCCGCUCCCGCGCCCGCGGGCACAGCAAUGGCCACGGCCUCUCCCUUGGCGGCGGCCACGACCACUUCUGACGAGUUCUUCGCUGCGGCGGCCAUGGACGCGGCCACGGGGUAUGGAGGCAACGACGGCCACGGGGUCUGACCGACCGCAGCCGCGGCAGCGACCUGGGCCCCAUCGACGGCCAUCGACCCCGUGCCCGUGGUGUCCUGCAGGCUUCGGCGGCGGCCUGCACUGGUGGAGCGGCUCUGAGCGCCGCGCCCGGACUUGGAGCGACCUGGAGGGAACAGGCAAUCCCCGCCUCCUCUUCUUGCUUCUCCUGCUCGCUGUCUGCUCCCCCUGCUUCUCCCCCUCGUCCUCCACGCAGCGCGGCGCCCUUCGAGUGCCCACUGGCGUGAGCAGGCUCCCCGGACACCGCAUCCUGGAAUUCGCUCCUCUCCCCCCCUUCCGUCGGGUGAGCGGCGCGCUCUGACGGUGGCUACCAGGGCAGGGCGAUCCGCGGGGCCGGUCGGCCACAGAGGGAGCAGCAGCAAGCCUCCUCGUCGCAGUGACAUUGGCACACGUGUGGGUGUGCCCGCGAAUGUGAGCACGCUGAGGCCAAAGGAUUUUGACCGUGGCGCGAAUGACAAAUGCCCCGCCACGGCUGCCCGAGCGUGUUGACGCCCUUGUGCCGCCACAGGGGCCAUGCGAUUAAUUAGCGGACCUGAUGCUUGUGACCUCAGUAGUUAGAGCAUCAAUUAGAAUGCGGCUCAAGUCCGUUUAUGCGUAUUUCAGACAGCCAGACCCCCUUUUCCAGAACAAUGUGACCCCCGCCCAUCUCCUCUCCCCUUCUCUUGCCCUUGCAGGCAGGCUGUGAGGGCGCAUCGCCAGCAGCGCCAGUAUCUUCCACUUCUCCCAGGAGGCCCAUCACGCCCAUCACCAAUCUGGGCGUGAGGAUGACUGUGCUUCGCCGCGGUUCGCGCAUGGCGCCGCACGAGUUGCAGCGUCAGAUGGCGUAGGAAGUCCCGACAAGUCUCUCGAAGGUCUCGGAGGUCCCAGGUCAAUGGGCGAGCGAAACCGC